AAUUAUUGACGGCAAAAACAGAAACCAAAAAUUAUACCCGCCUCCCUCCCCACCCAACAAGAAAAUAGAAAACAAGUUACCAAGUGGGAGUUGAUUUUUAAACUGGUUAUUUUGAAAUUGUAUUCUAAUACACACACACACACACACACCGAGACGUGCUUGCGUAUGUGUGGACAUAUCUGUCUAUGCGUUGAUACAUGUGAUUACACACGAUUUUUGUUUUUUUCCAAUCUUCCUGUUGUCUCAAUCCUGAAUAGACCUUGGGCUUCCACAUCAUUAGCUGUGAGUGUUUCUAAAUUUAGUGAAAAGCGAAGAGAUUAAGGGAAUCUUCGUUCGUAAAACUAAUUCCAUUGACCUCCCGAAAUUGUUUGAGGUUUUUAAGCAAUGGAGUAUCUCUAAUCUAAAUUCAACGUUUCUCACAAGAAAGGAUCAAUACAAGGGAUAUAUUGACUAUAUACAUACGGGCCUAUUUACACACAGUUAUCUUCAGUCAAAGAAAAUAAACAUGUCUGGAAAAGUCUUUUGGCUGCUGACUCUAAGUCUCUCGAUCACUUUGUCCCUCGGCCAAAACACAAACAACCCACCAGUAUGGAGAAACUACUUAAAGAAACUUCUGACAGAAGAUGGCUUGUUUGAAGAUUUGAAAUUAGGUACCAUAUUAGGACAAUUAGAUGCCUAUGAUCCUGAAGGUGAAAAUAUUACUUAUACCUGUAUUGGAGAGUCUGUUGCCUGUUAUGAAAAUGGAACUGUUUAUUUGAAACGACGUCUGGACAGAGAGCUUGAUAUAAAGAACCCCGGUCAAAAUGAAAACCUCUUGACAGUAAUAUUUAUUGCUACCGAAAAAAACAACGGUGACCAGGAACCCAAUCAGAAUAAAAAAACAUUAGUCAUUUACGUUAAAGAUGUUAACGAUAAUCCUCCGAAAUUCGAAGGUCUUCCUUACAAAACGGCAGUUUCUGAAUUGGUGAAGGUUGGAACAACCAUUUUCAAUCAACUGUUUGUUGAGGAUAUUGAUUCUGGAGUGAAUGCUGAAAUUGACCUCGUUUGUGGUCGAACGGGUACCCAGGCAUCACUUGCUUGUGACCACUUUUCAAUAACAACGAAACGUGAACCAAACUCCCUUGAGGGUAAAUACUUUGGGGAGGUAGUUGUCCAAAAAUCCCUUGAUUAUGAAAGUGCACCGUCUUAUAUCAUGACAAUAUUGGCAACAGAUGGUGGUAAUCCGAUUUUGUCUGCCUCAGUCAACAUAUUAAUUGAUGUUAAAGAUGAACAAGAUAUGCAACCGGUUUUCAUACAGGCUCCAUAUACUUUCUUUGUUACAGAAAAUACCAAGCAAAAUGUCAGUGUAGGGAAUCUAUUAGCACGAGAUGGUGAUGUGAGCAACCAAAGACCGGUGGUAAUUUCUAUUGUUGGUGGUAGUGAUGUCCAUUUCCGAGUUGGAAAUACUGUUUCCCAUAUUGGUAACACUUACAAAGCGGAUUUGAUUUCAAAUGGUAAUAUUGACAGGGAGUCAUCUGUAGGGCGUUACAUAGUCAACAUUAGUGUGACAGAGCUUGCUAAUGGUGUUCCCGACAAAACAGCUGUGACAUAUUCCUAUGUCAACAUUGAAAUUCUAGACGAUAAUGAUUUCCCGCCAGUCUUCCAGCAAACUCUGUACAACAUGACCAUUCCGGAAAACACCAGAUCCAUUGACAAUUUCACCAUUAUUGGCACACCUAUGUUUGUUUUUGAUAAAGACUCAGAUAUCAAUGCCAUGUUUUCGUUAGAAAUUACUGCGCAAAGUUUCCCUGGAGUUUUUGGUUUGUCAACAAACACUGGAAUCAAAUCUGCAGUUGUUAAUCUUGUGCUUAUAAAACCGCAAAUGUUGGAUUAUGACAUUCCAAAAUACCGGAGUCAGAUGGUUGAGAUUACAGCUCAGCAAAUAAACAGCACAAAAAUUCUGAGUUCUUCAACAUUAGUUUAUAUAAAUCUCCUGGAUGAGAACGACAAUGCUCCUGUGUUUCAAAAGGAUAUCUAUAAAGCUUCUUUGCCAGAAAACUCACAACUUGGAACCACUGUACUCACUUUGUCUGCCACCGAUCAAGAUUCUGGAAUAAAUAAGCAAAUAGUCUACAAACUGAAUGGGCAAGGAAGUGACUUUUUUGCAGUUAGCAAUGAUGGCGUAGUGACUUUGUUGAAAGGCCUGGAUUAUGAGAAACAGCGAACUUAUAAUCUUCUGGCGAUUGCUGAAAACAUAGGUAAAGGAAGACAAGUAGACUCUGUGGAGGUGGAAGUUCAGAUAACAGAUGUCAAUGAUAAUGGUCCUGUUUUCCAGAACCAACCUUAUACAUCAGAUAUAACCGAAAAUACAACAAUAUUACAACCACCGAUAACAAUCUCUGCAACAGACAAAGAUUCCAACUCUGUGAUGACUUACAGCAUUAUUGGUGGAAAUACGAACGAUAAUGCUUUCAGGAUUGAUAGCAACACUGGUGUUAUUUCAGUUGUACGGUCCUUAAUGAUGGAAGAUGCACCACAAAACUCCAGCACGAUAUUUCUGACGGUAUUGGCAACUGAUAAUGGUGCUAAUGUUCAGUCAUCUUCAACUUUGGCCACUAUCAAUAUAAUAGAUAUCAACAAUAACAGGCCAGAAUUCCUGCUUCCGACAUACGAGGUGACCGUGAAGGAAUUUUUACCUGUUGGAACCUCGGUGCUCUCUGUACAGGCAGUUGAUAAAGACAUUGGAUCCAAUGCACUAAUUACUUACAGCAUUAAAAGUGGCAGCUUCGAUAAUUUUAAUAUUGAUUCACGUACUGGCAAGAUUUAUGUAGCAUCUCAAGCAGUGCUGGAUUUUGAUGUCUAUAGCAAAUACAACAUGCAGGUAAUUGCUGAAGAUCAAGGGACCCCAAGACUGACCGGCAACACGACUGUGAUCAUAAAUCUCGAGGAUAUAAAUAACAAGGCACCAAAGUUUGAUCGCUCCGAGUAUAUCAAAACAGUUGAUGAGAAAUUACCUUUGGAAAGCAUUAUUUUGAGAAUCAAUGCCACUGAUAAAGACCGAAACCAUCAAAUAGAGUACAGCCUCAACAGAAACUCUUUGGUGGCCCAAGACGCCCAAGGGCACAGAUUAUCUACCUUUCCUAAUGAUUACAGGAAUGCCUUUGCCAUCAACAGAGUCACUGGGGAUAUUAGCUUAAAGAUGAAGCUAUACCACAGUUUGGUGGCUACAAUCGCAUUUGUAGUCCAAGCUCGGGACUUGAACGCCGAUGUUAGCAGCAGCAGUCAGGUUGCCCAAGCUCGAGUCGUAAUAAUUACACAAGCAUCACAGAGAACAGAACCUUUCUUUAUACCUGAGACACCUGGUCAAAGUAAAAAGAUCUAUGAAAUAGAAGUCCCAGAAGACAAACAGGUUGGACUUUUGUUAACAACGGUCAGGGCCAAAGAUCCCAAAACUGAUCAGUUUGUAUCUGACUACACUUUAGCGCCGGGUGGACAAGACAAAGGGUUCUUCAAUGUUACAAGAAAUGGUGAAGUUAUUCUGAUCAAAGAACUCGACUAUGAAAAUAAGGGCUAUUCAAACCCCCUCAAGUUUGAUAUAAUAGCUAUUGCUGACUCACAACGUAAUGCCACAGCAGGAAUGGUAAUCACGGUAAAAGACAUCAACGACAACUUACCCAAGUUCACGAAAAGUGUAUAUACUUUUGAGGUGAAAGAAACUACUCUCUAUCCAAAUGUUGUUGGCAGGGUUUCAGCAAGUGAUAAUGACGAAGGAGAAAACAGCAGGAUUUCCUAUUUUCUUAAAGGUCCUAACCGUAAUGAUUUCCACAUCACUGAAUCCGGAGAUAUCAUCGUAAACCGUGGUGCAGAAUUAGAUUAUGAAACUACUAAGAUUUACAAUCUUCAAGUGGUUGCCACAGACAAUCCUACAGGCCAGGUGCAUCAAAAGACAGCCGUUAAGCUGAUUAUUAAAGUACUCGAUGAAAACGACAACAGGCCUGUGUUUCAACCAAGUUCGGAAUACUCAUUUACCAUUCAGGAAAAGGCCCCUGCUGGAACAUUGGUUGGCCGAGUUACAGCCAAAGAUGAUGACUCCAAUGAAAAUGGAAGAUUAUCCUACAGUUUCAUGUCAGGAAACCUCUUCAACGGACAAAGGAUUUUUAAUAUUGAUGCAGUCACAGGAGAGAUAAAAACAGCCUUUGAUAUGUUGAAUGUUUCUACAGUAAAUUCUUUCCCUCUGACUGUGAAAGCAACAGACAACGGUCUUCGUCGUUUGAAUGCAAAGGCAAAUGUUGAAGUUGUCAUUGAGUUUUUAAUCACAAAAGAACCGAGAAUUCUUCAACCAGGACCUGGACAAACCGCAAGAGUUUCUGAGAACCAACCAAAUGGAACUUAUGUGUUUACAGUGAUCGCCAAAGCUCGACAAGAUUCCAAUGUUUCAUUUUCUCUUAUUUCCGAUGAAACGAGUCCUAAGUUAUUUGAAAUAGAUCCUAUUUCUGGAAUCAUAACUACAAUGGCACCUCUAGACAGAGAGGAACAGAGCAUGUACACUGUCGUUAUUCAGGCUGCUGACACAUUAAAUCUUAAUUACACCAGCAUAAAGCAGUUGCGUGUUUUUGUACUCGAUGAAGAUGACAACAGACCAACUUUUACUUCAUGUUCGUCGAAUCCUGAAAGGAAGCAAAUCAGUGUAUCCGAAAAUGCUCCAAUUAAGACUUACGUGACUCAGAUAUCUGGCUGUGAUAAAGAUUUGUUUCCAUACAACAAAAUGGCUUAUGUUUGGGCUGACCACAAAACUUGUAAAAAUACCAACGUGAAUGCUUUUCUUCUGGAGCCACUGUCAGGAGUCAUACUAACUAACGCUUCUUUAGAUUAUGAAGAAAUUUCAAAGUAUACCUUAUGUGUGCGAGUAGUGCCAGAAUCGGAAGCUAGUUCAGCCUCUUCUAGAAUUGAGGCUGAUCAAAGACAAACCAGGUCAACCUCUCCUAGAACCGAGGAUGGUCAAAUACAAGAAAUAACGGUAAAUGUACAAGAUCAGAAUGAUAAUGGUCCACAAUUCGAUGUAAAAAAAAGAUUUGCAGUGAUCUACGAUAAAUCCGAGACUGGUAACGAAGUUGCCAAAGUGACUGGCAUGGACCCUGAUAGCUUCCUUUAUAACAAGGUGAAAUAUACUAUUGAGAAUAUCAAAUGCAAUAUCCCUCAGACAGACAUAUUAUUUUCAACCGAAAAUGCUUUUGUAAUUUCUCGUAAUGAUGGACGAAUAUUCACAAACCUACCAGACUACAAGAAAUUUGUUGGCAGUCAUUUCAUCGUCACUAUACGCGGAGAAGAUGCGCUGAAUUCAAAUUAUUACAGUAUGAUAACGUUUAAGAUCUACGUGAUCCAACCACGCCAGCAAACCAGAUUGAACUUACCCGACAAGUUAGAUGUAAGUCAACCGAAGAGCGCAGAACUGAUUGCUGAGCUCAACCGACUGGGAAUCGGAACAUUUGUGAUCAAAGAAUUAAGCUAUCAUCAAAAGCUUAACCAAGAAGACUAUUACAGUACUGCCAUGUGUUUUGUGGUGGAGAAGGACGGCCAAGUGUUAUCGCUUUCAGAGACUGAACAACUAUUACAAGAACCUGCAGCACAAAAUGUUUUGAAGAAUUAUACAACAUCAUUAGAAGCUGGUUCUUGCAAACCUGAGACGACACGUGUUAGCAGCUGGUCACCUAUGUGGUGGGUGCUGGUAGCAUUUGCAAUAUUCAUUUUCAUAUGCUGUAUCAUCCUCAUUGUUGCUCUGUACCUGCUUUAUAAAGACCAUAAGCACUUCAUGGACACAGAAAAAACCAGUUUAUUGAAUUAAUCCAGAAGCAUUUCCAUGAUCAAGCACUGUUUGGAUUUGGAUGAAAUAUGAGUGACUAUCGACCAACUUGAGUUUCUUUAAAAGAAAUGUGGAAAACAGAAAAAUUAUUUAAGUGAAUAAAUCUCACUAAUUUUGCCAAACUGAUCUUACAACCUUUAAUUCAGAACAACUUGUUUCUGAGAUGUAAAGGGCCAGUAAUUGUGAUGAAACAGGAAGCGGUUGAGUAAGUAUUGGUGAGGGUUAAACAAACACUUUUAACUAGCUUGCAGGCCAAAUCACCUGAACUUUCGAUUUACUUUGUAAAUAAGUAUACGUUGUUUUAAAAUGAAAACAAAACAUUACACACACACAAAAUAAUUGUGAUCUAACCAGUUAUAGAAAUAAAUUAGAAAGGAUUAGACCUGCUGUGAUGAACAUAUGCUAAAUAUGCGUUGGUUUACAGAAAUGGAAUUUAGUUCGGUGUAUGCAUUUCUAAUUAUCACACCAUAAAAAAAAAAUGCCUUUUCUAUUUUGUAAUUCCUUAUAUAAAUUUACAUACACAGGUUGUUCAGCAUCUUAGCCAUAGAUAUAUAAUCUUUGUUGGCGUGAUACGAAUUGUUUCCAACUGUCAAAUGAUUUAGUCAUAUGGAGUUAAGGAGAUGAAAGGCAGAAACAAGAAGCUGCUGGAUUGGAGAGCUUAGAAUAAGUUGGGUGUUAAAAGCCUGCUUGAGUCAGUGCUGCAUUUCCUAGCCCUCUCUGUUGUCAAUCAACUCCACAUCUCAGUGUAGCAGAAAUUUAUAUUUAAUUGAAUAUAUUAAAGUGAGAAAUCGAUAUUUCUAACAUUUGAUCAAUGGAAGGUGGUUAUAUUUCAUCCAGUAUUUCAAAGAAGGACAAGAUUGGAGGGCUUUGAAAUCAGAAUCAAAACUAAAUAUUGUAAGAUAUUUUUCUCCAAACACUCUUAUGCCAAUUGAUAGGAGAAAAAUCAACGUUAUAAGGAGAGAUAAAGCGGCAAGCUGACAGAAUUGUUAGCAUGCCAAGCAAAAUGCUUAGUGCCAAUUCGUCUAUCUUCCAAAUUCCACCGAGGUUGAUUUUGCCUUUCAUCAUUUCAAGGUCGAUAAAAUUUGUUAACUGGGGUCAAUGUAAUCGACUUACCUACUGUCUCGAAAUUAUUGGCCUUGUGCCAAACUUUGAAAUUGAUAUUACAAAGAAAAAUACAACUGACGACUUGGAUAGGUUUUUCAAACACCCAAACGUAUCCCUUCACGGGCCUGUCCAAGUUAGUAGUUGGUGGCUCAAACCAACUAAUUUUAUUCAUGGGUCAUAAAUAAAUGAAGAUCACGUUGUAAGAUUCGGAGGAAUUGUUUCAUUUUUUUCCAAAUGAAUUGGAAACCCUUUCCUAAACAUUCAUUAAUAACCAUUCUCACUUCAGCUGUAAAAAAAAAAAAAAACGAAUAAUGAAUAACACAUAUUAUAACCAGGAAAUUACAAUAUUAAUCUUUUCACGAAAAAUAAAAGAAUAAAGUUCUGUUUCUGUAGCUUAAGACCAAUAGAUCUCAAGAUAAGACAGCAUCUCAGAAAUGCCUCAUCACUAUUCUCUGGUUAUAUAAAUCAAAGAACUAAACCUAUGAAAAAGUAACGACUGCAGGAAGAUACAAGCUCAUAAACAACCAGUAAUCCAGGACAUAAUCUACAGCAUAAAAAUUACAAAAUAAAAUUAAUUAGAACAAAAA